UCAAAUAUACCUUUUUGCAUAUAUUAUAUACAUACGUACAGGUGUAUAUAUUUUUCAUAUUUUAAAUAACAAAAUAAAGCGAUUUCCAACAUCUACAUAGAGGCAUCUCGAUAUGGCACGUUAUUUCAAGGAGCAGGACAUUGAUGAAUUUCGCGAAUGCUUCUACCUGUUCGCACGGUCUGGACAGAUCAAUACGUUGGAUGAGUUGACUGUAAUUAUGCGGUCUCUUGGAUUAUCGCCCACAAUACAAGAGUUAAUUGCUUAUUUGAAGAAGAAAGGUGGCAAAAUGAGUUUUGCAGAUUUCCUUGAAAUUAUGCAUCAACAUUCCAAAGUAGAGAAAAUUCCCGAUGAAGUUAUUGCCGCAUUUAAAGCUACCGAUCCCCAAAAUACGGCAACUAUACCAGCCAGACAAUUGCGAAACUUAUUACAGAAUUGGGGAGAGGGUUUGUCAGUACGCGAGGUCGACAAUAUUUUUCGCGAAGCUAAUGUAAACAAUAACAGCAUGGUUCGAUAUGCAGAUUUCAUUAAAAUUGCUUGCGCACCAGUGCCGGACUACUAUUGAAAACCCAUUCAUACAUAUAUAAUGGCAAUCGCCGUAGAAAUUUUCUUUAAUUUAAAUAUUACCAAUUUGCAUAUAUUCGUGCUUAUUUUUCCAAAAAUUAUUUUAUUUAUAUUCAAUUAAAAGUCGGUAUUUCUAGUUCUCUGUGCAA